CAGCAAUUAUUUUGGCAAGGGGCCAAGGGCUAACUUUCACUUCUCUUAGGUUUAUCAGAAGACUGUCCAGUCGCCAUGUCUCGUAAGAUAAUUGGGAUCCUUCCUAACUAUUACGUGCACGUACUAGACCUGAAUACUAAUAUAACUACUGUGGAGAUUGGACCGCAGAAUCUUGUCCUACAGGACAAUCAUUCUCUUGAAGCCGGUGCUCUUCCCUUCGUUACUAUACCCCCUGGUCACUACUGCCGAGUGGAACAUCCCAUCGAUAUCAAUAAACCAAUAGUUGAUGGGAAGUUAUACGAACUGAGAUUUGGACACAGAGAAAUAAGACUCCAUGGGGAUCCUUUCCCAUUGUUUCCUGGAGAGAGAUUACCUGAGAGUGGCAGUGCAACUGAUUAUUCUCGUGCUAUUAAGCAUCUUCCAACCAUAAAAGCAGAUCAUGGGAUUCACUUGAGUGCUCUGGUUGAUAUGGAGGAGACUGAUACUGCCCCAGCUCGUAAGGCAGGGGAUGAGUGGCAGCUGAGAGGACCAUUGACCUACUUACCCAAACCAGAAGAGCAAGUAGUAAAGAUGGUGUCUCCUAUUAUAAUAACUCCGGGUCAUGCUGUUCGUCUCAGAGCUCGUCAAGCGUUCACUGACGCUAAGGGAAUUUAUCGUUGCACUGGUGAGGAGUGGCUGGUGAGGGAUAUUGGAGCUUAUCUACCUGAUGUAUAUGAGGAGGUAGUAGAGGAGGUUGAUGCUUACACCCUAACACCAAACAAUGCGUUACACAUUAGAGCCAACUGUAACUUCACUGAUCAGUUUGGUAGGGGGAGAAGGAUUGGAGAGGAGUGGCUGGUUAAAUAUGAUGACACUGAAUCAUAUAUACCUGAUGUCACUGAGGAGGUAGUGAAUGAGGUCCAGUUGACUGUUUUAUCCCACCAUCAGUAUUGUGUGGUUGUUAACCCUCUUGGUGAUGAUGGUAGACCACGUCUUGGCUGUAGGGAACUGAGGAAAGGACCCAAGACAUUCUUCCUUCAUCCUGGUGAGAAGUUUGAGAGAGGGAUACAAGAUGCUAUUAUAUUAGAAUCUGAUGAGGCUCUUCUUGUCACUGCUCAAGAGGAGUUUGAUGAUGUUACUGAAGAUGGUAGUAAAGUCCAUCGUACUCCUGGUGAUAGGUGGAUGAUUCAUGGACCAACUGACUAUAUACCUAGAACUGAGAUUGGGAACAUACAGAGGAGGAAAGCUACUCCAUUGAAUGAGAAUGAAGGGAUUUAUGUUAGAAAUGUUCAGUCUGGACAGGUUCGUGCUAUAUUGGGCCCUCAGUCUUAUUUACUGCAAGCUGCUGAGGAACUGUAUGAGAAAGAACUGACUCCAUUAGCAGAAGAAAUAUUAAAGGAGGGAGGUGGUGUUGGUGAUGCUAGUAUUAGGAAGAUAGCAUAUUUUGAUGGAGCUAAAGACCCUUCACUCUUUAAGGGAAAUAAGCCUGACAAGACUCGUGUAGUUACUUACAGGUGCCCCAGUAACUGUGCAGUUCAAGUGUACAAUUAUAUAGAGAAGACAGCUCGUGUUGUGUUUGGUCCUGAUCUUGUAGUGCUGGAUCCUCAUGAGAACUUUAAUGUCCUCAGUUUGAGCGCUGGUAAACCAAAGAAGGAGAAUGCCCUGAAGACUAUUUGCCUCAUGCUUGGUCCUGACUUUAUAUCUGAUCAUAUUACAAUGCUAGAGACUAACGUGUUUGAUGACGUCAAUAAACUCUCUCCACUUGAAGCCCAGCGCUCCAAGUCUCUUGAUAUGGUCCUCGAGGAAGAAGAACAGGAAUCCAUUAGACAAAGAACAGCCUCCAACUCUUUCUUUGGGAAGUUCUUCAGACCUAAGAGACAAGUAACGAUUGAUAUACCUUGAUAGACACAGACAUCAGUUAUAACGUAGACUCCAUUAGCAGCUGUCCUGCUGGAUAUUAAUACAACACUGGCACUCACCUACCACUACUAAUGCACCUGACACCACUUCACCUACUCAACAGA